AUACUCUGUGAUCGUCAGAUCGCCUGUUCGCACGUCCGUACGAAAUUUUUUAAAUACUUGAAUGUUAAUUUUUUUAAUUUUGUGUGCCGUGGUUAAGUGAUUGAUGUAGUAAAACAACUUCUACUACCAGGGACACAGAACAAAUCCAAUAUGUUGGCAGCGAUCUCGACCCUCACGCCUCGGAUGAAGUUUAACUUCAACAAGCCAAACAUAGAGAACACGGUCUUCAAACUCCACUACAAGUUUACUGUGACCAUGCUUCUGGCCUUUGUCAUCCUCGUCUGCAGCAGGGAGUACUUUGGUGACCAUAUCAGGUGCAUUUCUGAUCAGGGCGUGGCUAAUAAUGUUAUCCAGACGUACUGUUUCUUCAUGGCCACAUUUACAAUUGUACGUCACUACAACGAGAGCUUGCUCCAAACCGGAUUCUUACCCCAUCCAGGGGUAGGACCGAUCUUAGAAUCGGAUCAGACCCUCCACCACAAGUAUUACCAGUGGGUUCCGUUCGUGCUCUUCAUACAGUCCAUCUGCUUCUACCUGCCCCACUAUAUCUGGAAGAAGAAAGAAGGAGGCAGAAUAAAGGCUUUAGUAGAUGGCCUUCAAUACGCAAGCCUGGCGCUUCAUGACCAAGAUAUGAAGUUUAACAACAAGACUGUGCCAUCUAAAGCGACGCUGGAGAAGAAGAUUGAUUUGAUUAGGAAAGAUAUCAUUCUAAGAUUGCGCAUCUCCCGAACAUGGUCAACCUGGCUAAUCGCGAUGGAGGUGGCCAAUCUGUUGCACGUGAUGCUGCAGGUGUGGCUGAUCGACGUGUUCCUCAACGGGAACUUCAUGGGGCUCGGCGGCAGGGUCAUUAACUUCAGGAACUGGGAGGGCAUCGCUGAUCCACUUGAGACUGUCUUUCCUAAGGUGACAAAAUGCUUGUUCCACAAGUACGGUCCGAGCGGCACCAUCCAGCAGCACGAUGCGCUCUGCGUGAUGGCCCUCAACAUUAUCCACGAGAAGAUUUACACCAUCCUGUGGUUCUGGUUCCUGUUCCUCUUCAUCGCUUCCUUGUUGGCCGUCAUCUGGCGCGUCGUCUCCUACUUCGUGUACCGUCGCUCGCUCAGGUUCAACGACCUGGUCUUCAAGCAAGUCACCAAUAGCAAGUUCAACCCUCACAACGUAAUCAGGGUUGUCAACGGCUGCGAGUUCGCUGAUUGGCUCUUCUUGUACUAUCUCGCGAAGAACAUGCAGGGAAUGAUAUUUGAGGAGCUGUUCAGGACCUUAGCCGAGGAGCUGGAGAAACGUGAACUACCAAUAGAACAACAGGGCCACGAAGAAAAAGGAGGGGAGCCCGUUCUGAUCUCCAAAAUUGAUUUCGACUACGACGAUGAGACCUUACCUUUGAGAAGUGAAAAAAAGUCUUCAUAGUUCACGUCGAAAAUGAGAACUGUAAUUAUGUGUUUGUGUCUGUGAAGACUCAUAAUACGUAGUAGGUAAUGAAACGGAUUAACAGCUCGCCAAACUUUGGCGGAUUAGGUAUUUAUUUUAUAAUUGCUGGUUUUUCAUCUUCUUCUCCAGAGUCUUAUUCUUAAUGACUUAGGGUCGUAGUCAUUACGUAGAAUGAAACACACAUAGCAACUUUCUUGGCGCUGUUAAUGGAGAGGUUUGCCAUUUCACACACAAGUUAAUAAUAUAAUCAACCCGUUCAUCGGAAGCAAGUGGUGGUCGAUGGAAACUAAUUUAUGUAAUCAUACAAACUCAUGUGGCACGAGUAGGAUUCAAACCGUUUCGAUGCGUAAGCGAGCGUCUUAACCAUUACACCACCACCGCUACUUAAAUAAUAGAAACUAAGUGGUAAUGUAAUAUCAUUAUUUUAAUGUCAAAAAAUGAGGUUAAAUUCCUUUCUAAUUCUAAUGCUUGCUGGAUCAUAAUUUGCACCUUUUCUUGCACCAAAAUGCUAUCUCUGUUUGGUCUUAUGGUUGACUGGUAGUGAAUACCAUAUGACGUAAUUCUAUCAUAUUAGUACAGACUUGUUUCGAACUUUGUGCAAUAAAGUUUAAAAUAAAUGAAUAUUUCUCAGAAAUAAUAACUAAUAGUAUAAAUGCGAAAGGAAGUUUGUUUGUUUGUCUGUUACCUCUUCACGCUGUAUCUACUCAACCAAUCUUCUUGACAUUUUAUAUACAUAUAGUUUAAAGUAUGGAGAAGGACAUACGGUACUUACAACCCGGCAAAAUAACUAUUUCCGUGGGAAAUUUACGCGGGCGAGCCGCGGACAAAAGCUAGUGUAACAUAAAAUAAAUAACGUUUGCUUACCUACUCAAACAAACAAACUUUUCAACUUUUUUAUACGUACAGCGGGUACUGCUGUAGAUAGUGAACGUAAGUGUCAUAGAUGAUAAAGUAAUGAUUAUAUUUGGCUGUGAUUCGAUAGGGUAUUUUCCAUCAUGAAAAAUAUUACACUUACAUAAAAAUAAAACUAAUUUAUCAAUUUUAUUAAUUAGUCACGUGAUUCACUUUUUUUUUUUAGUUUUCAUCAAAGUACCUAUUUAAGAAAUUGCAUUUGCAAUAAGUCCGCUUUUUAUAUUCAUAGAAAUGAGUGGUACCUAAUGCUAAUAUUAUAAAAAAUGCGAAAGUUCGUGAGGAUGUAAGUGUGUAUGUAUGUUAUUGUUUCACGCAAAAUCUUCUAGACUGAUUGUUAUGAAAUUUGAAGACACGGGUAUAAUAUAACCUGCAAUAACACAUAGAGUAUUUUUUAUCCCGAAAUUCCCACCGGAGGGAAUUCCCUGGGCACAGCUAGCAAGACAUAUAUUUUCUGUAUUACGUAUUUUUUAUAAUACCAUAUAUUAUCACAAACACAAACACUCGUAUAUGACGAAGCUGUUUAUGUAUGUGUAAUUGUUAGAUAUUUAUGUAGGUACAUAUUUAUAGAAAAAAAAAACAUUUUCGGCUCAACUAAUAUUAAGACUUGUAUUUUUUAGAAUAAGAGAUUAGUAUGAAAGUAUGCCUUCUUGUUAUUAAUUUUAAUUGAUUUUAUACAGUAUCGAAUGUGAUUAUUUCAAGUAUUUUAUACACUUAUUAAGUAAUAAGUGUAUUAUGAAAUAAAUGAUUGUGUGAUAAGUAUA